AUGGUAUUUCACCGGAACUACCUGUUCAAGUACCGGUUGAACAACCUCAACCACCUCUUCAACCUCAUCAGCAAGCUCAUCAGCAAGUUCAUCAACAAGCUCAUCACCAGCAAGCUCGUCAGCAAGCUCAUCAGCAAGCUCAUCAGCAAUCUCAUCAGCUAG